UGCUCGAGACGCCUUGAGAUCAGUGCCGAAAAUUUUGCUUCACGUAACUAUUUCGACACUUCAUUUCUCUCGAUCCAAAACUCGCGCGCGCAUCAACCACGUAUCAAAUUACCAACUUGGCAACUUCCAAUCUGGCCGAGGCUGGAACGUUGCGCGUUAAAAACUUUAUGCAACUCUAAGCAAAUGUACUCUACAGAACUUACAGUUUUCUAAACUUUUGAAGCAUAACAGUGUAAACAGACUCUAGAUUGCGGAUCAUAGUGCGUUGUUUGGUCAGAGUGAUCUGACAAUCUUAGAUUCUUAGCAGCGCACGAUACGUGCAAUGUACUAUAUACUUAUACGUCGACGAUAGGUCCUUUGUUUAUGUUCAGUUUCAUUGCAAAUGCUGGUGAAUGAUCUUCGCAAAUUUUUCUCAGGACUGUGAGAAAUCGUGACGGUGCAAGCUGUGGGGUGUAAAAAUAUAUAAACUAACAGUACAGUAUUCAUAACCAUGAAUCAAAGUUGGCAGAGCAAUAACCUGAAAGUGGAGCUCCUUGUGGGAGUGAGGACGAAUCCUCUUGAAAAAUUAAAUAUCCUCAAAAUGAAAAAUGUGGAUUUAACUGACAGAUCGGAAUCACUGAGAUCCGAAGUAGCUGAACAGACUAAUAUACCGAAGGAUGCAUUUGAUCUCAUUUAUGGAGGUGCUAUUAUAGAAGAUGAAACACCUUUGGAAGCUUAUGGUAUAAAGAAUGGGUCGCUGAUUCAUUUUUUGAAGAAAAAAGAGGUGGAAAAAACAGCAGCUUCAACAGCUUCUGCAAGUGACUCUGAACCAAACAUAAAAAUGUUAAUUUCAGUAUUUCAAUCAUUCAUUGGUAUACCAUUGCUUCAACUGGCAAUGCGGCAUAUGACUAAGAGGCCUGAAGUCAUAGAGAAUAUUAUUUCAUCCUCUCCUGGACUAAGCGAAGAUGCCGUUGCAAUAGCAAUCUUGCAUGACCCUGAUCUGAUAGUUCACUUCAACAAUGCUGAAACCAUCAGAAAGAUUGCCAAGCUGCACCCAUCUCUCCUGGAGGCAGCACAGCACAUCGCUUCAGCAGUCCACGACGAAGCUCACAACUUAGCAGCUUCAGCAAACUUACACAACAACACAGCCAACGCAGCGACCACAGGCCAUUCCUACAGUUUAGAAAACUUGAGCGACGACGAAGAAAUGGCCGGAGAUUCUUCCCAAUCCUCGGAUUCACCUCAACCGUCCAACAGUGCGAAUCAAUCCCGAAUUCAGUCCAACAGACUGAGCGUGGCUGACUUUUUUGCAGCGAUCACGAGAGCGCAAAGAUCAAACUCGAACAACGGAGGAACUGGCAGUGCAAGUACGGCUAGUUCGUCCUCUGUUUCUCGGUCGAACUCCAACAGUGGUGGAGUCAUCACCGUCGACUUUUUCAACGAGGCGAUGCAACGAGCAAUUGCCACAACUCCAUCCUUGAACAAUGACUCCUCGAACUCGCAGUCACAACCGCCCUCGGCCUCGUUCACGCCGCCCAACUCAUCGAGUGGCAGCAGCAAUGACAUGCAGAGACAGAUAUCGAUCAUGCACGAGAUGGGCCUGUUGAACGACGCGAUAAACCUUCAGGCUCUGCAAAUCACCAACGGGGAUGUUCAGGCUGCGAUUGAAUUAGUGCUAAAUGGUUUUGGAGACAAUUGAGACUAGAUAAGCUACAUACAUACUGUUCUUUUAUUACCGUAUUUCUAUUUUAAAUUAAAUUAAUUAUUAAGAAUGUACACACCUCGAACAUUAUUUACUAUCUACUUUGA